AUGGCCACGGCUUUAAAACCUUUCUUUGUGGUGGCCUGGCGUGAUUCGAUUGUAAGCGUGGAACGCUUCGAUGACCGCCUAAUGAGGAUCGUGGUAGUAAUCAAAUGUCAAAAAUACCAUCCCUUCUCAGCGUAUGCUCCGCAGGCUGGAUGCCUCGAGCGAAGCAAGAACAAGUUCAGGAACCUGUUCGUUGAAAAAACAGCUGAAGUACCAUUACAAGAAGUCAUAUUUGUCGCGGGUGACCUCAAUGGUCACGUGGGUGCUGUGAAAGACGGCUAUAACUGCCAUGGUGGUUUCGGAUAUGGGUCACGUAAUACUGAUGACGGGCGAAGUCUUGAAUAUGCAGAUACGCAUAAUCUCGCCGUUGCAAACACGAAUUUCGAAAACGUGACUCUCAUCUCAUCACCUUCUAUAGCGGUGAGAACACAACACAACUUGAUUUUGCCCUUUUCAGGCACCGCGAUUAGGGGCUCGUAA